CGGCAGGCCCGACCUCGCCUCCAGGCCGGCUCCUCGGCCAAUGGGGAGGCUGAGCGGAUCGAGUGUCACUAUAACAGAAGGACAUAAUCAGCGCGGUAAGUUUGCAGAACCUUACAGCCUGUCUCGGCCAGCAGGGAGCUCGCUUCUUUCAGCUUUUCUGAGGUUGCAAAGUCCACUGUCACCAUGUCUGACACAGAGGAAGUCGGGGUCGAGGAGGAGAAGCCAAAAUUCAAGCCCACCGCUCCAAAGAUCCCAGACGGUGAGAAAGUGGACUUUGAUGACAUCCAGAAGAAGCGUCAGAACAAGGAUCUGAUCGAGCUGCAGGCCCUGAUCGAUGCUCACUUUGAGUGCAGGAAGAAGGAGGAGGAGGAGCUGAUCGCCCUCAAGGAGAGAAUUGAGAAGCGUCGCGCUGAGAGGGCCGAGCAGCAGAGGGUCCGUGCUGAGAAGGAAAAGGAGCGCCAGGCCAGACGUGAGGAGGAGAGGCGGAUCAAGGAGGAGGCUGACGCCAAGAAGAAGGCAGAUGAGGAGGCCAAGAAGAAGUCGGCUCUGUCCAGCAUGGGCUCCAACUACAGCAGUCACCUGCAGAGAGCCGACCAGAAGAGAGGAGGAAAGAAGGAGACUGAGAGAGAGAAGAAGAAGAAGAUCCUGGCCGCCAGGCGCAAGGCACUCAACAUCGACCAUCUGAACGAGGACAAGCUGAAGGAUAAGAUCAAUGAGCUGCAUGAAUGGAUGUGCCAGCUGGAGUCUGAGAAGUUCGACCACAUGGAGAGACUGAAGAGGCAGAAGUACGAGGUUACAACCCUGCGUAAGAGAGUGGAGGAGCUCAGUAAAUUGUGCUCACGUACAGGAAUCGCAUUGAUGAGUUGCAGAAGCACAGCAAGAAGGGAGCCGCCGCCCGCCGCAGAAAGUAGACUGGCCUGCCCUGCCGCUGCUCAGAAACCAAACUGCGAUCGUCUCGGACACACGCCUGAUGAAGCAACGCACACUGUGGCGAAGGUCGUAGCUCAGAAGAAACAAGCAAAGCUGAGGUUUACCCUGCAGUUAACAACCCACGUCCUCAAACAUGCAACCAGGAGCUUUUAGCUGCUGUUCUAUAGGAAUAAAAAACUACUGAAAACUUGAUUCGCCAUCACGCUUCCUCACCCUCGACUGUUUGGUUCUCAGUAUUUUUGUAAAUAAAGUGUGACUCUUCAAGCCA